UUUCUUUUUGAAAAAGCCUUCCCACUUCUCUCUCUCUAUUAAACGCCUUCCACCUUCCCGGCUUCGGAAAAACGCACUUCCAACCUUCCCCAGCUAACGGCGUCAAGAAGCAAGAUGUCGGUGAUGAUCGAGCAGCAGGACGCCAUCCACUACACCGUCACGUUCAACGGCACCGACGACAUCGAGACGACGGUGACGUCCUUUGGGAACGACGCGGCGGAGUGGGUCGCCGAGAUCUACCGCAUCCACCAGCGCCGCCUCUCCCGUCUCAUCGUCGGCUUCGACGUCGAGUGGCGCCCCAGCUUCUCCCAGGUCCAGAACCCCGUCGCCGUCCUCCAGAUCUGCGUCGGCCGCCGCUGCCUCGUCUUCCUCGUCCUCCACGCCGACCACAUCCCCGACGACCUCCUCGACUUCCUCGCCGACAACCGCUUCACCUUCGUCGGCGUCGGCAUCGGCAACGACGCCGACCGCCUCUACAACGAUCACAGCAUCUUCGUCCCCAACACCACCGACCUCCGGGGCCUCGCCGCCGAGAACAUGGGCCGGCCGGGGAUGAACCAGAAGGGGCUCGCCGGGCUCGCCAAGGACGUGCUCGGGGUGGAGGUGAGGAAGCCCAGACGGGUGACGAUGAGCCACUGGGAUAACAUGCCCCUCACCCACGAACAAAUAAUGUACGCUGCGGUGGAUGCCUUCCUUUCCUUCGAGAUCGGGAGGCGGCUCUUCGCCGGGGAUUUCUGAGAUGAAUCCGGGUUACGUUUUUUCUCUGCCUCUUUCAGUAGUAAUGCAAUGCAAGCGGUAUUAAAAUGGUAUCAUGGUAUAUAUCCAUAUUUGAUGGGAUUUUGUUCUAAACAACGUGGUUAGGGAGUCAUUGGUCUCCUUAUAUUGAAACUGGUGUCGAAACUUUGCUUCUUUGCCUGUAGAUAGUAAUUGUUCCCAACAUACUAGUGGUAAUGUCUUUGAUUUGAAUGCAUUAAUCUCUUUGUAGA